UCUUUCUUAAUAUCAGCUUCUCAUGUUCGUGAUCUCUCUCUCUCUCUCUGUCUGUGAACGAAAGAGGAUCUUGUUCAUUUCUUACUUCUAACUUACAUCUCAUUUGAGCCGUCGUCUAAGAGGCGAUCAUCUUAUCCGCGCUCUUAAAGUUGACAGACCCAACAGUUCGGGUCCUCAUAGCUCCGCCCGCGUUUCUCCCUAGGUACCCGCGCAAUCUCACCGGCGCAGUGGGGAAAAAAAAGAAGAAAUCUAUCAUGUUCCCUGCUCACAAUAUCGACUACGCUAGCAAUGCGUUUGGAACAUUGUCAGCCUUGAGUCGACCGGUGACAAGUCUAUCAAAGCAGUAUACCCCGUUGAGUGGAAGCGGAAGCGGUGGUAGUGGUAUUGGUGGCGGCAGCAGCAGGACGAGUGGCAACAGGAGCACCGCCAAUCUCGAUAGACGCCCCUCAACUGCCAAUGGUGCCUCUAUACGAUCCUCUGGAUCGUCUGCAAAGUCAAUCAAGAGCGACAAGAAGUCGAGAUUCAAGUUUAGUACUUUCUGGUCAAAUGAUUCAGUCGCUUCCGCCGUAUCGCUUGGCCUUCCAAAUUCGCCGCCAAACCCUUCCGACCUACAAGGACCCACCGUAGCCGCUACGAGGGUUGUCCCUUCCAUCCCGCCUGUUCGAUCAUCGAUCGGAUCUACGACAAGUGUCUCGUUGACUCACAAAUCGUCUCAGUCUAGCGUUUCACUAGCCACACCUGUCGAAUCGCUUCUCAGGAAUGAAUCAGAAGACUCGUUUGAAGCCCCGGAGAGGGUCUAUCAUGAAAACCAUGCGAUCGAUAGCACGCCCAGGAGCAACCACGCUCAACCCAGAGGGGCUCUCUUCGCCACAGAUUAUAGGAUCUCGGCUUCGAAGAACGAACAAGACAAGACCAGGCCUAGCCCGCACCUGGAAGGAGACGUGGUCGCAGAGGUGAAACGACCACGCACCCCAAAGAGGGACAGCCGCGUCGUUGUGGACGACUCACCGACUCUGCCUCCUCUACAAAUGAAGUCUUCACGUGCUACUCAUAGUGCGUCUUCAUCUGGCGAAUGGAGUUCCAGCGGAAAAGGAUCUUCUUCGUGUGGACUUCAAUCGAUCAUUCUCGAUACGCCCAUGAAUCGAAGUCACGAGUCACUCGUCACGCCCUGCAGAGAGAGUGUAGACGACCCAUUCUUGGAACUGCAAGCGAGACUCACACAUGGAUACGUUGCAUCAGACAGUGCCACAUCUUCCCUUCGACACAAGCGGACACCUUCCAUUAUCACUUCUUCUUCUUGGUCGUCUGGGAAAAGAUCAAAUAACACACCUUCCAUCCCAAGUCGUGUCUCGUCAAGACGGACUGGAAUUCUCCCACCACCGAGAAACUCGUCCCGAGUGCACCUGGAUAGACUGACAUCGCCCGAGAGCUCGCCCCUUGCUUUCAGACAGACAUCGCUACCUGUCUCAGACCUGAUAGACAAUCGGCGUGCUUCGAAACCCUUGGAGCGCCGGACGCAGUCUUCUGAUUCGCGUCGAGCCCCUUCUCAACCUUUCGUGGACGACUACCCAGCUCAGUCCGUCGACUGUCUAUUGACUACUCUUCAAGGUGGCUCAUCGUCCAGAAGCAGGCCUCGAACCAGACCGAAAUUCGUUCCCUUACCUCGGGCACCAGGGACCUCACUCCGACGCGUGCGAUCUUCACCCGAGCUCACACGACACAUCAGGAGCGACGACAGCAUGCAAAUUCCAUUCAGGUUCAGGACGAAGCGAUCCCGAUCGGUCUCACGACCAGCGGACGACGGUACCUCUGUGCAUCCUCUCAUGGGCACGAUGUCUUCCAAGGCGAAAAUCCCUGAGCAGACGGUUCUCCCUGAAAGCCAGAGCUUUGGCCAGAAACUCCAUUCGCGAUUCGGCACUCACAAACGAGACAAAGUGUCUACCCGAGCCAUUGGCGAGAAAAGCAGGCCCGCGCUCUCAGCCUUGCCCUCGAACUGGUUCAGUCACAGCACGCCUACCGACACAUCUGCUCAUCAACGUUCCUUGAGCCAGGGUUCUGCUCGCCUUGAUGCAUUGUAUGAGCAGCAGAGCUCAUUCGGGCCGGGACAAUACAAUCUCACAGACGCGAGAUUCGUCCCGACUCGUCGAGCGCCCUCGGUACCGACCUCCCCCGAGGUUUCCUUCCUUCCUUCUAUGCACAGCGAGGACAUUGUGUCUCCUCUUCCGCCCAGGACACUCAAGUUUGUCGCUAAUACUCGUCGACCCGAAUCUGUCAUGUCGGCCUCUCAAUCCAUUAUGGAUGUCCCAGUGGAGGCGCAAACCGAUGAAUGGGCUCGUUCAGUUUUAGAGGAGCUCGAGGAAGCCCGAGCCGCUUUGAGAGAGGCGGAAACUUGGUUGUGGCCCACUCCCCCUCUGAGAACACCAGUUGUUCCUCCACUCGAAUCAAGUAUGUCAACUUCUGCUUCGGCCUCCACGCUCAACGGGCCCACAACCCCUCCCUGUAUUGGCGCGGAGAAACUGGAGAAAUGGACGGUCGAGACCCAUUCGGCCGAGCCCGAGGUGAUAUUAGAGGCCAAAUCUGUCCAAACGGCUCUGGCACCGAGUGCGUUGAAUCAAGGCCAAGGUCUGAACCACGAAAACAUCCGCAGAUAUGUCGAAGCUCAGCGAGCCAAGACUGUCUCGGACGCGAGCGCGUUCAAAGCGGAAACAGAGCCUCAACCACUCACAUCAGCUGUCAACGCGAACAAACCCAAACCCAAGCCCAAAGCAUUAAAAGUUACGAAGCCCAUUUCAGCUCGCUCUACCCAGCACACUUAUGUCGACCUUUACGGAUCAGGUCAGGGUUACAAUUUCAGGUUCUAGAUGGCCUGCCGCACACACAUUCAUGGGAACGAAGAAGAUCACGCUCGUUGUAUGCUUUGUUGUAUUUUGAGCCAUCCGUCUCCUUAUAUUUAGACUUUUGGGCACAUUGUUGUAAUUUAUGUCACAUUCUGCGAGUCAAGAGGGUGUGCCAUCUCCUCUUAAGGCUGCUAUGCGAUUCAGUUGUCCUGCUUCAGUGUCGCCCGGGCAUCGGGACUUCAUGCAUGCUGGCAAGAUGCCGGUGUUUCGUAGAUACU